AACGAUGAUCGGUGAAAGAGAGAGAGAGAGAGAGAGAGAGAGAGAGAGAGAGAGAGAGAGAAAAUGGCGAUGGAGACCGGAGAAGAUGAAUGGAAGGUUUGCUGUGGAAGCUCCGAUUUCGCGAAGAUGAUGGUGGAUUCUGCUCCGUUUGAAUCUUUAGAAGCAGCAAUACAUACUGCAAGAGACAUCUGGUUCAACCUUGUUAAUGUGACAGCUUGGCUUGAAGCAUUCUCUGCUCAUCCUCAGAUCGGGGAUACUCCUUCACCUUCUUCUAUCAACUCCGAUUUUACUCGUUGGAGCGAAGCAGAGCAGUCCACGGCCUUUGCCACAACCUCUUCUUCUGCUUUAAAGGAGCUUGCUGAUUGGAAUGUACGCUACAAAAAAAAGUUUGGCUUUAUCUUCAUUAUUUGCGCCUCAGGCAAGACUCACGCUGAGAUGCUCGCUGCGUUAAAGGAAAGGUAUGAAAAUAGGCCAAUAGUGGAGCUUGAGGUUGCUGCUACGGAACAAAUGAAAAUAACAGAGCUACGAAUGGCAAAGCUCUUCUCUGAUAAGGCUCGAGUUGUAUCAGAAACUACUAUUUCAACAACACCUCAAGAUCGUCUGAGAAUCAUAGGAGGACAUUUGAAUGUUGCAGCUGAAUCAAAAGCUAUCAAGAGAAGUAGGCCACCAAUCACGACUCAUGUCUUGGAUGUCUCACGUGGUACUCCAGCUGCAGGUGUUGAAGUGCACUUAGAAGUGUGGAGUGGUACUACCGGUCCUUCCUUUGGUCACGGAGGUGGUGGGGUCUGGUCUAGUGUGGGCACUUCAGCUACUGAUAAAGAUGGGCGUAGUGGGCCACUGAUGGAUCUGGUUGAGGCUUUGAAUCCUGGGACAUAUAGAAUAAGCUUCAACACUGCCAAGUAUUGCCCAGGCUGCUUCUUUCCCUAUGUUUCGAUUGUUUUUCGAGUUACAGAAUCUCAGAAAUUGGAGCAUUUCCAUGUGCCACUGUUGCUUGCACCAUUUUCUUUCUCCACAUACCGUGGGAGCUAGAGCUGCUACCGCUGUCUGCUCCAGCACAUUUGGUUUUUUUUUUCUGAACCAUUACUAGAACAUGUACAAAAAUUGCUAUAAAAUAAGGUCUCUAUUCGAGUAUUUAUUUUUUUGGAUUUGUAAUUCUGUAAAGAAUGAGCUUCGAUGUAGACUCAAUUGUGAGCAGGACAAUAAUAGUAUAGAUUACCA